AUGAAACAAAUUGUCUGUUUGGUGGUAUUUAUCACUUUGAUAUCAAGCUGUUUUUGCUCAAAACUGUGGGAAGAACAUCGAAUUGAAACCUACCAGAAUUCAUCCAGUAGCCGACAAAGUCGAGUGUUCCCGUUUUGGUCACUCGGACGAAUUGCAAAUUCUUUGUGUGUCGGAACAAACGGUUUAUCUGGGACAUGCCAAAUCCGAGGUGAAUGUGCCACCAAUGGAGGAAUUGCAUCUGGGACCUGCAGUACGCUAACUUCUCAAGCUGUCUGUUGCGUUUUUGUAAAGACAUGUGGUGGAUCGACCUCACAAAACGUUACGUAUUUCCAGAACAGCGGAUAUCCACGCCCGUAUAACGGGGGUGGCAGUUGUGCGAUCACCGUUGUGCCCCCGGACGCUACAAUCUGUCAGUUAAGAGUUGACUUCACCACAUUCUCCGUAGCGCAACCGAACGGAGAAGGAGUUUGCACAAUCGACAACGUUCAAAUUUCCGGUGGCAGUUCUUCGGUGCCUGUAAUUUGUGGAGAUAACAAUGGCCAGCAUGUUUAUGUGUCGUUUAGUGGAACAAGUGCCAUCACUAUCCGUGUAUCGAUGACCUCAACAACGUCAUUUAAUCGACUGUGGAACAUGCAGCUAACAUUGAUCUCCUGUACUAGUCAGUACCAAGCACCGGCCGGUUGUUUGCAGUAUUACUUGGAUUCAACGGGAGUGGUGUCGAGCUUCAACUAUGGAACGGCGGCCAACCCGGCACUUAAUACACUGGGAAUGAUAGGAACUCGGCAACUGGCAAACUCCAACUAUGGAAUAUGCAUCCGUGCAGGAGCUGGAACGUGUACAAUUACAUAUAAUCUGCCCACCAAUGACGUUUACGCUUUCACCAUGUCAGAAGAUGCUACCGCCGUAGACGCUACGACACUUGGGACCGCAGCAGUCGGUGCGCAAGGUACAGCUUGCACCACUGACUAUCUGAUAAUUCCAAAUCCGAAUGGUAUCACGAACGAUCGCUUUUGUGGACUAGGUAUUGCAACUACUACCAGCAAUUCGAGACCGUAUGUGUUAUACUACGUUACGAAUGGUAAUGACGACGGUGAUGUGGCGAAUCGGGGUUUCUACUUGCAGUACACUCAAAACGCAUGCGCGGUAUCAACAGGAUAG